AUGUUUUCAUUUUGUGAUGUUGAUUUUGUUGUUGUAUCAGGUUCAAUUAAAUUAACCAUUGUAAUUGAAAAUUAUAAAUAUUUAAAUAAUUUAAAUAAUUUACAACUUAUUAUUAAAUCGAAAAUUGGUAAAAAUGAAACAAAUAAUAAUAAUAUUGAUUGUAAUUCAAAGAAAUUAAAUAUUAAUUCGGAAAAAUUGGAUAAUAGUAAUUCUUUAAAUAAUUAUUUUUCAAUUUCAAAAGAUUCAAAAACAUUUUAUGGUCGUUUCAUUAAUAAAGUUUUAUCUGAUGAUAGGCCAACAUUUAUUUCAACUUCAGUAAUAAAUAAUAAUUAUAAUAAUAGUAAUAAUAAUGAUGUGGUUUUUAUUGGUUUAGAUUUACCUCAUUUUUUAAAAAAAGUGAUUAUUGAUCCUGAUUUCAGUUUAUUAGUAAAUAGUGAUUUUAAAACAUCAUGUGAUGAUGCUAGACCAAAAUGGUUCUUAUAUGUUGUUAUUGGUGCUCCUGCCGUUACCUUUGUUUUAAUAAUAAUUAUUGGAUCUGUACUAUACUAUAAGAAAAAAGUGGAAAUUAAAAUUAUUAAACAUAAUAUCAAAAUGGCUGCAAAAGGUUUGAAAGAAAAAUAA